AAUGACACCACCACAUCCUCCACGCGCCGCUUCUGCCGUGUGGUGUUAUUUGAAUGGCAGGACGGGGAAGAAGAAGAAGAAGAAGAAGAAAAAAAAAAAGCAAACGCUCCCGUCCCGUCCCGUGAAAUGACUGAACGUACCGGGGACACUUUGACCUACCUGUCUGUGACACAUCCGGUCUGAGCCGAGAGAGAGAGAGAGAGAGAGAGAGAGAGAGAGAGAAAGAGAGAGAGAAAGAGAGAGAGAGAGAGGCAGGCAGUCGGCGAAGAGACGUUGACGUCAGGACUGAUUUUCUGCAUCACCCGUCCACUGCCCUCCUGAGGAGCUCCCUGCUCUCUCAGGCGUUUCUUCCUUCCCAGGUAACCCGUGGGCAUUACUCAGCCGGCUCCGAGCCUCAGGACAGACAGACAGACAGACAGACGGGCGGACAGACAGGCGGACUCGGGUGCUUAACCCACCAGCUGUCUUUUCAGAGUCUCCGUAGGAAAAGAUCAACGCAUGCCAGCCAGUAAAGAAGCCGCCAUGUUUAUCUGGCCCCCUCGUGGCCGUGCCGGUACGUCCGUCGCCCUCCUCGGGCCCCGGCUGAUGUUUGUUCUGGCCCUGGCGGUGCUUCUCUGCCCCUUGGGCCGAGUGACAUGUCAGGGGGAAGGUCGGACGCAGUCCCCCACCCAGGUGCUCCAGGACCUACUGUCCCGCUACGGGGACAACAGCACCAUCUCGGUGCCCCAGCUGCGCUCGCUGCUGGCCCUCAUCAGCCAGGGUCAGGGCGAAGGUGACGGCGACCACGGCGAUGCGGCCGAGGCGCCGACGAUAAACACGCCUCCCAAAUCCAACCGCUCCAAGUGCUUGCCUGCAGACACGCUGGCCGUCUACAGCAUCAGCGAGCAGUCGCGGCUGGACGAGCAGGGCUUACUGGAGCUCUGCCCCACCAUGCUGCAGCAGUUGGAUGCCGGCACCUGCAGGGCGCAAAAAGAGGAGGAGUCAGUCAUUGAACCCUCCCCCAGGCCCACAGACGCCGAAGUGUGGGGCUUUUCUUUCCUGAGCGUGACGGUGAUCAAUGCCUUCUCCCUCACCGGAGUCUUGGUGGUGCCCUUCAUGAAGAAAACCUUUUACAAGCGGUUGCUGCUCUUCUUCAUAGCCCUGGCCAUUGGCACGCUCUACUCCAACGCCCUGUUUCAGCUCAUCCCAGAGGCCUUUGGUUUUGACCCCAUGGUGGACUUCUACGUGUCCAAAUCUGCGAUGGUGUUCGCAGGCUUUUACCUCUUCUUCUUCACCGAAAAGGUCCUCCGGGUGCUCCUCAAACAGAAAAACAGGGGCCACGGUCACAGCCACAUCCCCAGCGCGGAUCGUUACUCGACACCCGACGGCGACCUGGAGGAGGGCGAGAAGGAGAAGCUGCAGCAGAACGGAGAGGCCAGCAGUCUGGCUCUGGGGAAGGUGGACGCGGGGGAGGGGGAGCUGAUGCUCAGCCCUGCACAGGCGCCGCAGGACUCCCAGAGCCCGGACAGCGGGGGGCGGACCGCCGGCGGCUGCUAUUGGCUGAAGGGGGCGACCUACUCCGACAUCGGCACGCUGGCCUGGAUGAUCACGUUGAGCGACGGCCUGCACAACUUCAUCGACGGCUUGGCCAUCGGCGCCUCCUUCACCGCCUCCGUCUUCCAGGGCAUCAGCACCUCCGUGGCCAUCCUGUGCGAGGAGUUCCCCCACGAGCUCGGAGACUUCGUGAUCCUGCUGAACGCCGGCAUGAGCAUCCAGCAGGCGCUGUUCUUCAACUUCCUGUCGGCGUGCUGCUGUUACCUGGGCAUGGGCUUUGGCAUCCUGGCCGGCAACAGCUUCUCCCCCAACUGGAUCUUCGCCCUGGCCGGGGGAAUGUUCCUCUACAUCGCUCUGGCAGACAUGUUCCCGGAGAUGAACGAGGUGAGUCGGGAGGAAGAGGACGCCGGCGGCAGCAGCUUCCUCCUCACCUUCGCCAUCCAGAACGCCGGCCUGCUGACGGGCUUCGCCAUCAUGCUGCUCCUCACCACCUACUCCGGACAGAUCCAGCUCGGCUAGCGACGGACACGCCCCCCCCCCCCCC